GCGCGUCUGGGUCGUGGAGCCAUCGGCCGUGGUCUCCUUCGCAGAUGGGCUCAGUGGCCUAGCGCCCCGGUCCCCGCCGUCCGUGAUCGAGCGCCGAGGCCCGCGAGGGGUCGCCGCCGAGGUUUCCACCAGCCCACAAGCAAGAGCAUGGCAGCCAUCCCCUCCAGCGGCUCGCUCGUGGCCACCCACGACUACUACCGGCGCCGCCUGGGCUCCACUUCCAGUAACAGCUCCUGCGGAAGUGCCGAGUACCCUGGGGAAGGCAUCCCCCGCCACCCCGGUCUCCCCAGAGCCGACCCGGGACACUGGUGGGCUAGCUUCUUUUUCGGGAAGUCCACGCUGCCAUUCAUGGCCACAGUGUUGGAGUCCCCAGAGCACCCAGAGCCAGCCCAGGCCUCCACCGGCACGAUCACCUGUGACCUGGCUCGGGAAGCCGUGGGGAAGCAGCAGCCUGGCGGCCAGCCUGGCCAAACCAACUCCAGGCCCCCGUCCUGAGUGGCCACCGCCAGCUGCCGGGCUUCCUCCCGAGGCACUAGGCUCGUCAGAGCCCCCCCUCCUUCCCCUCCCUGAGAGUGAGCAGGCUGCAGCCAACAGAAGCAGUUGGGUUUUUAAUAUCAAAACAGCAAAACACCAAAAAGGAAGUUGAGAGAACUCCACUCUUUACUAUCCAAGCCACAUGAGAGCCUUCCCGGCACCCCCUAACCUGUGCCUCACGCCAAGUAGAAAAUAAA